ACAAGUCUUUCCGCCUCCCCUGCCCGCCUGGGAGCUGGGAGCUGGAUUAUGGUGGCCUGAGCAGCCAGCGCAGCCGCAGGAGCCCGGAGCCCCUGCCCCUUCCCACGCCGCCGACCCCGCCAGGAGCCCCGGGAAAGCGGCCACUGCCGACCUGCCAUGCCCGCCCCUCCCAGCCCCCCGAGGGGCCGAGCCCGCUGCUGAGGCUGGCCGCCACCGUCCAGAUGUAGCGGGGUCCAGAUCCCAGUUUUCCCCCUUCUCUCGUGCCCUGCGGAUUGCUCCUGCCCGCUCUCCACGGCCUGGACCCCGGGGUUGGCUGAGGGGCCUGCGGGCUCUGGAGUCCUGAUGUCUCCGAGCUCCCUCUCCUGUGAAGCCACCACCUAGACUUGGGGACAGCCAACAGGGACGGACGUGGGCCAGUGCAAGCCCGGAGGGCCCGAAGGCCAGGGCCCACCAUGGCCCAAGCCCUGCCCUGGCUCCUGCUGUGGAUGGGCUCCGGGGUGCUCCCUGCCCACGGCACCCAGCACGGGAUCCGGCUGCCCCUGCGCAGCGGCCUGGGGGGCGCCCCCCUGGGGCUGCGGCUGCCCCGGGAGACGGACGAGGAGCCGGAGGAGCCCGGCCGGAGGGGCAGCUUUGUGGAAAUGGUGGACAACCUGAGGGGCAAGUCGGGUCAGGGCUACUACGUGGAGAUGACCGUAGGCAGCCCCCCGCAGACGCUCAACAUCCUGGUGGACACAGGCAGUAGUAACUUUGCAGUGGGGGCUGCCCCCCACCCUUUCCUGCAUCGGUACUACCAGCGGCAGCUGUCCAGCACAUACCGGGACCUCCGAAAGGGCGUGUAUGUGCCCUACACCCAGGGCAAGUGGGAAGGGGAGUUGGGCACUGACCUGGUGAGCAUCCCCCAUGGUCCCAAUGUCACUGUGCGUGCCAACAUCGCUGCCAUCACUGAAUCAGACAAGUUCUUCAUCAAUGGCUCCAACUGGGAAGGCAUCCUGGGGCUGGCCUAUGCUGAGAUUGCCAGGCCUGAUGAUUCCCUGGAGCCCUUCUUUGACUCCCUGGUGAAGCAGACCCACGUUCCCAACCUCUUCUCCCUGCAGCUCUGUGGCACUGGCUUCCCCCUCAACCAGUCUGAAGUGCUGGCCUCAGUCGGAGGGAGCAUGAUCAUUGGGGGCAUCGACCACUCACUGUACACAGGCAGUCUCUGGUACACACCCAUCCGGCGGGAGUGGUAUUAUGAGGUAAUCAUUGUACGAGUGGAGAUCAAUGGACAAGAUCUGAAAAUGGAUUGCAAGGAGUACAACUAUGACAAGAGCAUUGUGGACAGUGGCACCACCAACCUUCGUUUGCCCAAGAAAGUGUUUGAAGCUGCAGUCAAAUCCAUCAAGGCAGCCUCCUCGACGGAGAAGUUCCCAGACGGUUUUUGGCUAGGAGAGCAGCUCGUGUGCUGGCAGGCAGGCACCACCCCUUGGAACAUUUUCCCAGUCAUCUCUCUCUACCUAAUGGGUGAGGUCACCAACCAGUCCUUCCGCAUCACCAUCCUUCCACAGCAAUACCUGCGGCCGGUGGAAGAUGUGGCCACGUCCCAAGAUGACUGUUACAAGUUUGCCAUCUCACAGUCAUCCACGGGCACUGUUAUGGGAGCUGUCAUCAUGGAGGGCUUUUACGUUGUCUUUGAUCGGGCCCGAAAGCGAAUUGGCUUUGCUGUCAGCGCUUGCCAUGUGCAUGAUGAGUUCAGGACAGCAGCAGUGGAAGGCCCUUUUGUCACUCCGGACAUGGAAGACUGUGGCUACAACAUUCCACAGACAGAUGAAUCAACCCUCAUGACCAUAGCCUAUGUCAUGGCUGCCAUCUGCGCCCUCUUCAUGCUGCCACUCUGCCUCAUGGUGUGUCAGUGGCGCUGCCUCCGCUGCCUGCGCCACCAACAUGAUGACUUUGCUGAUGACAUCUCCCUGCUGAAGUGAGGAGGCCUAUGGGCAGAAGACAGAGAUUCCCCUGGACCACCUCUGGGUGGUUCACUUUGGUCAUGUAGGAGACAUGGAGUGCACCUGUGGCCAGAGCACCUCAGGACCCUUACCCACCUAUCACAUGCCUCUGUAUUGACAGAAAAGGAAAAGUGGCAAGGUGGGCGACAGGGAUUGUACCUGUAGGGCACAGGAGUGGAAGAAAGAAGCAUUCUGGUGGCGGGAAUACUCUUGGUCACCUCAAACUUAAGUUGGGAAAUUCUGCUGCUUGAAACUUCAGCCCUGAACCUUCACCUACCAUCCCUUUAAAUUCUCCAGCCCAAAGUAUUCCUCUUUUCUUAGUCCCAGAAGUACUGGCAUCACACCCAGGUUACCCCAGUGUGCGUCCCUGUGGUACCCUGGCAGAGAAAGGGCCAAUCUUGUUUCCCUGCUGGCCAAAGUCAGUAGGAGAGGAUGCACAGUUUGCUAUUUGCUUUAGCGAUAGGGACUGUAAAAACAUGCCUAACAUUGGUGCAAAGACUCCCUCUUGAAUUAAAAAAUUAGAUUGAAUAUAUGUAUUGGUACAAGUGGGGGUGGCCGGAAACAGAAGGAGAAUGAGUACAACAACAGAGAACAGUUGGGAUCAACACUAGGAAAGGCAGAAACACAACCACUUACCAGUCCCAGUUUCAGACCUCAUCUCCAAGAUAGAACCCGCCUUCUAAGGUGGGUACCGUAUUGUUUCCCAGAUGUUUUUUCUGUGGUUGCAGCCUGACCAAAAGUGAGUUGGGAAGAAGGGCUUAUCUAGCCAAAGAGCUCUUUUUUAGCUCUCUUAAAUGAAAAGUGCCCACUAAGAAGUUUUACUUAACACAUGAGUUUCUACCUUAUUAAUCCCACUCAUCUCUACCUGAACCCUUUAUUCUACGUGAUAGGUAGUACUGAAAUUGCCCACCCCACCCCAAGCUCCAGGUGCCCGAUAGGAGAGCAAAUGGAAUAUAGCAGGGCUGGGCUCUGUCUUCCUGGUUACAAGUUCACUCCUUUCCCCAAAUUCCUCUUCCUCUGGAGCUUUGCAACGAGGUGCUAAACAGAAUAGAUAGGACAUCUCUGUGACUUAAUCUUUUGAAAGGAGAAUACUGAGUUCAACAGCUACAGGGCUGAUGCCCUGUACUGCUGCCUGAAAUUCUUGCUGUCCAUCUGUAAGAAGUGGUAAGAUCUUUUCACAGCACAGCAGUCUCAUUGCCUUCUUACCCUCUCUUCUUGCCCUUCCAUUUGUUGGACUAAGGCUCUUACAGUGGCACUAGUAUUAUAGCAAGAGUGUCAGAAAUACAGGGCUUUCUGGCUCUCAUGUCAUUGCCUUGGGUAUCAGGCUGCCCAAAGAAAGGAUGGCGGCCUCAGGGCUUCCUCGUGUCCUUCACCACAGACUCCCUUGAUCGAGGCCAUCCAUUUCUCCUCCCCUGUUCUCUACUCUCCACUCCUAACAGCAGGAGGGGUAGCCAGGCUGGUUCUUGGGCUAAAAAGUGGGGACCAACUUUAUUACUUCCCGAUCAGUUCUAACACACAGACUAUGAUACCACUGUUAGUGGGAAGAGCUAAAUUUUCCUGGUGUACCCAUCACGGUCUAUCCCUAUCUGGUUAACACACUGCUUCCAGGUAUAGGACCUACCAAGUGUAGAAUUACCUAUGAGGGAGAGGGAGAUACAAGGAGGGCCUCUGGAGUUCCUGGCCUCAACCAGCUGCCCACAAGCCAUAAAUCAAUAAAACAAGAUUACUGAGUCAAGUUUUUUAUCUGGCUUCUCUUCAUUCUCAUCAUACUGGUGCUGCUUUGGCUCACUGGAAAUAUCCCAUAACUACAAAGACUGACAGGAAGACUGGAGACUGUCCACUUCUAGCUCAGAACUUAUUGCAUAAAUAAAAUCCUAGAAGUGCUACCAUGAAAUGAAAAUGACGCAUUCUCAUUUAUAAUUUCUACCCAUGUUGGGGAAAACUGGCUUUUCCCCAGCCCUUUCCAGGGCAUAAAACUCCACCCUUUACUAGUAAGUCCCACUGUCUAAUUUUUUUUUUUUUUAUGAAAACUUAUACUUUUCAUAGUUAUUUCCUUUCUAUCCUGAAACUAUGAACUCUAAGUAUAUAUAUAAAAAAAAUCUUGACAACAGCUUUUUGUUUGUAAAAAUAUGUAUUAUACAUCUCUAUUUUUCAAUUCUACUCCCCAAAAGUGACUGUCCCAUCUCUACUUACUGCUUUUGGGGUCUACCCCAUUGGUCUGCCUGGCUUUUACCACUGCAGGCUAGUAGACAGAGAAGGGAGAAUAGGAGUGGCCAAAACUUAAGUGUUGCUUUCUGAUUGAUCAUGAAAAAGAAAGGGGAAAUAGUAACACUGAGGCCCCAACUCUCAUGCACAACUCUCCAAAACACUUACCCUCUGUUAGAGUUGGCUUUCCAAGGAUUAUACCGGGAAGCAGUUAAACCCCCUCCUCACUCCCUCUUUUUUCUCUCCCUACUCCUUUGGCUUCAAAGACUUUUGGAAAAGAAACAAUAUUCUUUACAUUCACUUCCAAUUUCUAAAUUUUUAAAGAGAUACUGAAAAAUACUACAAGUGGCCCAAGGCUGCUGCCAAGUGGAAAGAAAAAUCUUAAGAUUACAAGAUUAAAAAAUGAAUCCCUCAAAUGAAAGAAACAAAGGAGCUGGUCUUCCAUAUGUCACCUUUCCUGUUCAUGACAGCUACCAAACUGGAGAAAGUAAUAUUUCAUUAUCCAAAGAAAGUGGGUCAUCUGACCUCUGAAGAGUUGAGUACUCAGGCCACUCCAAUCAUCCUACAAGAUGCCAAGGAGGUCCGAGGAAGUCCUGCUCCUGAAACCGAUACUAGUCAAUAAACCUGGGCAAGUAAGGCAAGAGAAAAGAAAAAGAAUUCAUCUAUGAGCAUAUAGGCGCAGAUGAACAACAAAGGAAAACAGGAACAAACAGAAAGGAGAGAAUUUAGCUGGGUCUGGAAGAAAAAGUGUUUGCUACCCUGAUAUGUACUAGUACCAGUAAGCAUUUCCAGUUCCCAGAAUGGAAAAACUUCAGUUGUCAAUGACACAGUGAUGUCCCUUCCCUGCAGCCAUUUUUUUUAACUGACACUUAGUUUUUACUUGUUUAAUUCUAAAAGAGAAGAGAGCUGAAGCCAUUUCCUGUAGGAAUAAAGGUAAAAUGACAGGAAAAGAUUCAAAGCUCUAUAUUCUAAUAGAGUCACUGCUUUCCUAGGCAUCAAAACUAAAAACCCAGAAAUCCAAUAAGAGUUGGAAAAAUGAUCUAGUUCUGGAUAGCUACCCACAGAACAAAUUAUAAACGUGAAAUUCAAAUGACUUUCUUCACGUCACUUUGGCCUCCAUUUUUCCUAACACAGGAAACAGAGCUUUCUUGCUUCAAAAAUAAAAACCGAGCACCCCAAGAUCCUUCUGAAGUAAUUCUGUACAGACAUGUCCUCACCCCAGUGCCUGUCUGGAGCUUACCCAAGGUCACCAAACAACUUGGUUGUGAACCAACUGCCUUAACCUUCAGGGGGGAGGGAGGGCUCGCUAGACUAAGAGACCAGAAGUAAAUGGGAAGGGUUGAGGACUUCACAAUGUUGUCCUGUCACAGCCUGAUGAGAAGCCAAGCCAGUGGCAGCAAGAGAUGGCUCGGCCCAGGAAAAACUCGUGGGUUGUGCUAAUUUCUAUGCAGGAAGAAGGGUGAACAGAAGCUUGUAGGGGGUAUGGAGGAAAUGGAACCUGGUUAUAUUGUUAUUCUUGGAUAUUUUGCUGAUGUAAAACAGAAUAUUCUGUAAACCUAAUGUCUAUGUAUAAGUGAGCGUUAACACAGUAAAAUAUUCAAUGAAAAGUC